AUGCCUGAUAAAGGUGAUGCUCAGUCGCGUUGGGCAGCAUCCACUCCCAUUCUUUACUCAGAUCUGGUCUUAACAUCAGCUGGUCUUAACAUCUCAACUCCCAGAGUCUUAGCCAAGGCCACAGAAGCACCAAAGGCUAAACCCAUCUUCAAGUUAAACUACCCAUGGAAGAGGGCAUACCAAUUGGGGUCUGGACGCGUGCAAAUCCAAAAAGUGAGAGCAGCCCCCGAUAGCAUAUCGGAGAAAGUGGAAGAAAGCAUCAAAAGCGCGGAGGAGGCCUGCGCCGGCGACCCAGCGAGCGGGGAAUGCGUAGCGGCUUGGGACGAAGUGGAGGAGCUGAGUGCAGCUGCUAGCCAUGCGAGGGACAAGAAGAAGCAGUCUGACCCUUUGGAGAAUUACUGCAAGGACAACCCGGAGACAGACGAAUGCCGUACUUAUGAGGACUGAAAAUGGGUUAUAUCCCUAUUGUUUUUGAGUAAUCCAGUUUUAGAUGUUUAUACUCAUUUGACUAUGUGAGAAAAUUGGACUUUUUAAAUUAUGAUGGAUUUAUCAUAGUUUUAUCCGAUGCA